AUGAAAAAAGAGUAGCAUCAAUAAAGGAGAGACACAACACUGAUACAAUUGUUAGUAUUGUUGGGCGCAUGCUUUACAAUGGGCAUAGUUUUAUUCAAAGUUGUGGGAUUACACGGAGCUUAGAAUGAUUUAUCAUUUGAGUAGGCCUCGUUGAUUUAGGAAUAAACAUACUUAGAGCAAUAAAUAAAAGCAUUACAAAAUUCAUUGGCUUAACCCAGCUUUUUAGAAGUCAGAAUGAGUGUGAAUAAAAAAUAGCAUAAAUCAAAAAUACAUUCAUCCGAACAUAAACCUCUUGAGAUAUAGAAGCCAACAGUAGACAAAAAGGAAUAUGAAUACUUGGAAUUACCUAAUAAAUUGAAAGUCUUGUUAAUACGAGAUCCAGAAACCAAGUUAACAUAAGCAGCAUUGAAUGUUAAUGUAGGGUCAUGGUAUGAACCAGAUGAAUUUCCUGGUUUAGCUCAUUUUUUAGAGCACAUGCUAUUUUAAGGUUCACAUACCUAUCCUGAAACAAGUUAUUUUGAAUAAUUGGUGGCUAAAGGAGGAGGUUACACUAAUGCAUACACUGAAGGAACCAGAACCAAUUACUAUUUUACAAUAGAUACAAGCAGAACAAGUGAGGCUUUGAAUGUAUUUGCACACUUUUUUAUAGACCCUCUCUUAUCAUAAGAGAUGGUCUAAAAGGAAGCUAAUGCAGUGAAUUCUGAAUAUGAGAUAAAUGUAGCAGGAGAUGGAUGGAAAAUAUUGCAUUUAAUGAGUUUGAUGUCAGAUCCUAAGCAUCCUAUGAGUAGAUUCACUAUUGGAAAUUUAUAGUCAUUACUUAAGCCGCAUGUUGUUGAAGCCUUAAAAAAGUUUCAUGAAUAAUAUUAUUCAUCUAAUCAAAUGGCUUUGGUGAUCAAGAGUUCAUAACCAAUUGAAAUGAUGAAAGAGUUCAUUGAAUCAAGUGAGUUCUUAAAAAUUCCAAAUUUGGAAAUAGAGAAGCCAUCGUUAGCUCAUUUCGGAUUGCCAAUAAAGGAUGUUUCUAAAUUAGUAAAAUAUCACAUCAACACAAGAGCAACAACCCUCAUUUACUUUUAUUAAUUAGAGGAUAGUACAAAAUAUUUUGAAACUAAGCCUCUUCAAUUUAUAAAUUCGAUAGUCAGAUCAAGACAUGAUGGAGGAUUGUACAAUUACUUAGUAAGCAAGAAUCUAAUUGUUGAUAUGGAUUCUCAACCAUUUUUAGGUAAUAAUGGUUGUUUCUAAUUCUAUUUGAUUGAAGUUGAACUAAGUGAAACAUUGAUUGGUCAAUAAAAAGACUAUGCUCUAUAAAUUGGACAAGCUAUAAUCUCAUAUUUUGAAGAAUAAAUACACAAGUUUUAUGAUGAAGAGUAGAAUCCAACAGACUUCUUAGAAGAAACCUAUAAGACUAAGAAGGCUAUGUCAGAUGUUCAAUUUAAAUUCUUGGAGAAAGACAUAGACAUAUUCAAAUUAUCUCACAAUCUGAAUACAUUCCCACCUAAAUAUGUAUUAAAUGCAGAAACUAGCUAUUUUAAAUAUGAUCCUCAAUGUAUAUAUAAUUAUUUAGCUGAUCUAAUGAAUCCUAAUAAUAUGUUGAUUUUGAUUGGAGAUGAUGGAUAUAAAUUGGUGUAAGAGGAAAUAGAAAAUGAAGAAUUAAAGGCCUCAUUCUUAUCAUUCUAAUAGCCAUCAACUUUGUUAUUGCAGUAGAGUGUUGCUGUUAGUGAUUUAGAUUUCAUCAACUAAAGAGAACUCCAAUUUUCAAAUGAUCUUUAUCACAUAUAAUAUGAUGUUAAACCAUUAGAGAGAGACAGUUUGGAUUUCAUGAUGCUUGACAACAUUCCAUUGAGUUUACCAUAAAUUAAUCAUUACGUCCCAGUUAAUUUAGCUUUUAAAUCACUAUGUGAAUCACAGCAGAUCUCAUAUAUCUAAUCGGUUGAUUCUGACACUCUGUAUGAUAGAAAAAACAGAUAGAAUAUAUUCAUAGAAAAUACUCACAAAAUGCCUUUCUAUUUCACAUCAAAGAAGGAGUGUUAGGAGCAUGAAUUUGAAUAUGAGCAAUACAAUCAUUUCCCAUAAUUGAUUAAGAAGGACAUUGAGGGUAAAACCUGGUGGAGAUUGGAUAGAUCAUAUAGUCCAACUGUGUAUGCAGGUAUGAACUUUGAAACUGCUUUGGACAUGAAAUCUCUUAAGAAAGUAGCAUUGUUAACAGUAUUUAAUAGUUAUGUGUCUGAUAAUUUAUAUAAAUCUCUUUAAUAAUCAUUUGAAGCUGGUUAUGAAUUAUCAUUUGAUUCAUCAAUGAAAGGUCUAUCACUCGAAAUGUAUGGAUGGAGUGAUAAAUUUGAAUACUUUUAUAAGAAUGUGUUAAGAGAGAUUAAGAAUGAAAUCAGCGAUGAUGAUCUUUUGAAUAGAGUGAAACUAAGUCAAAUCACUGAGUUGAGUAACACUUUUGAAUAAAAAUUGUUUGUCUAAGCCACUUCUGUGAUAUUGCCAACCAUAAUUCAAGGUUAACCAACCCCUUCUUAGAUGAUAGAUGAAAUCAAUUCAGUAACUAAGGAAGAAUUGUCUCAAUUUUAGAAAGAAAUGUUAGAGAAUUUCAGAUUCACUACCUAUUUCACAGGAAAUAUAUUGAGAGAUGAAGUGUAAUCAUUGCAAAAUCAAAUUCCCAAGAUAUUUGAUGAAUCUACUUCACAUAUCAGAAUUCAAAACCAUAUUACUUAAGUAUCAGAUCUGACUCGCAAAUCCAUAGUAUACUCAUUAGUCUCUAAAUCUACUAAUUAAUUGGACACAAAUGGAGUUACUCUGAAUUACUAUUAAAUUGGGUACAGAGAUUAGAAGUAAUUAGCCAUGAUGAAUUUAUUAUAUAAGAUUCUCCACAAUGCAGCAUAUGCCUAUUUGCGUACACAAUUGUAAUUGGGUUAUGUUGUAAGUGUCAAAUUCAAGCCAGUUGGUUGUUUGGACAGUGCUCAAAUUUUGGUGUAGGGAACAGCAAAACCUCCCUAUGUUGUGAAUUAACAUAUAGAAGAGUUCUUAAUUAAUUAUGGACGAGAAUUGAAAGAGAUGACUGAUCAAUAAUUUGAAGAGCUUAAAACUACUACUAUAUCUGGAUUGAAAGAGGUCGAGAAGAAUCUAAAGGACAAAGCAAGAAGCACUUGGUCGCAUAUUAAGAAUAACGAUUUGGCAUUUGAGGAGAAGGAAAUCGCUGCCCAAUACAUUAACAUGGUCACUAAGUCCGAUCUCUUUUCAUUCUAUGACAAGGUUUUCACUUCAGGAAAGCUAUCCCUUUAAGUGUAUGGACAAGGCAUGAUCACUUAAACCAUGGGAAUCAGUGUCAAUGAUUUAGCCAAUAAGGUGAAAAGCAAUUCUCUAUCGAAAGAACAAACGUAUGCUGUCAGGGAUGAAGUCACAGUUUCUACCUCUGAUGAUUUCAAGCAAAGAAUCACUUCAAAUUAUAAUUGCAAUUACAAGAUAAGUAAUAUUUGA